GCUGAGAGGACUUGGAACAUCGGUCAGUAGCAUAUAGAGGGAUGCACGCCUCUCUCAGAAGAUUAUCCUCACACUCAAUGGUUCAGAUCACCAAUCACAACGAUGCAAAGGAGAAGAAACACAAUGGAGAACCCUUUAUUCUAUUCAUCGCACAGCCAGCAUCACGGAUGGAUUCAAGUCUCAGAUAUGAGGGGUCCUGCAGGCCACUGGAUGUCAUGUGGUCACCCGUGUGCUGAACGCGCCGUGUGGAACCCCAAAUUCUGCGUGGUCACCGACUAUCAGAUGCUGCUGCUGGACAAAGAGGAGGUGCACCCUCUGCUCCUGCAGGAAAAGAGGACGGACACCUGCAGAUCCAGACUGCUGCGUCGCACCAUCAGCGUUCCCGUGGAGACGCAGUUCCCAGAGUUCCAGUGUCAUCUCUCAGUGGACAACAACUCUCCACCUGAGAAAACAGGGCGGAGACGUAGCAUGCCAGGCUCCGCCCCUGACAAACCCCCGCCCGCAAUGGAGCCCACUGCCGCCGCUGCUACACCCUUCAGAGUCACAGGGUUUUUGAGUCGCAGGUUAAAGGGCUCGAUAAAGCGGACUAAGAGUCAGCCUAAACUGGACAGGAACAGCAGUUUCAGACACAUCCUGCCAGGCUUCAGACCAGUGGACAACGACAGGUCUCAUCUGAUGCCCAGGCUGAAGGAGUCGCGUUCUCACGAGUCUUUGCUCAGUCCCAGCAGUGCAGUAGAAGCUCUGGACCUCAGCAUGGAGGAGGAGGUCCUUAUUAAACCAGUGCACAGCUCCAUCCUCGGGCAAGAUUACUGCUUUGAGGUGAGCACCUCCACAGGUAGUAAGUGCUUUUCCUGUCGCUCAGCCGCAGAGAGAGACAAAUGGAUGGAGAACCUGCGACGGGCCAUCCACCCCAAUAAGGACAACAGUCGGCGGGUGGAGAAUACGCUCCAGCUGUGGAUCAUCGAAGCUAAGGACCUUCCGGCCAAGAAAAAGUACUUCUGCGAGCUCUGCUUGGACGACGGCCUCUAUGCCCGCACCACCUGCAAGCUGAAGACAGAUAACGUCUUCUGGGGUGAACACUUUGAGUUCAAUAACCUCCCCGCGGUCCAGAACAUCACCGUCCACCUCUACAGGGACUCGGAUAAGAAGAAGAAAAAGGACAAGAACAACUACGUGGGUCUGGUGAGCAUUCCAGUGGUGAAUGUCACGAGCAGGCAGCUGGUCGAGAAGUGGUACCCGGUUAGCCAACCCAAUCCAGGGAAAGGGAAAACGGCUGGCCCCAUGGUCCGCAUCAAGGCCCGGUACCAGAGCAUGAACAUCCUGCCCAUGGAGCUCUACAAAGAGUUUGCAGAGUACACCACCAACAACUACAUGCUGCUCUGCUCUGUGCUGGAGCCGGUCAUCAGCGUCAAGAACAAGGAGGAGAUGGCCUGUGCUCUGGUGCACAUCUUACAGAGCACCGGCAAAGCAAAGGACUUCCUGACGGACCUGAUGAUGUCUGAGGUGGAUCGAUGCGGAGAGAAUGAGCACCUGAUCUUUAGAGAGAACACGCUAGGCACUAAAGCUAUCGAGGAGUACCUCAAACUGGUAGGACAGAAGUAUCUGCAAGAUGCACUGGGUGAGUUUAUAAAGGCUCUGUAUGAGUCUGAUGAGAACUGCGAGGUGGACCCAUCCAAAUGUUCAUCUAGCGAUCUAGCUGAACAUCAGAGCAACCUCAGGAUGUGCUGUGAGCUGGCUUUCUGCAAGAUCAUUGAGUCUUACCGUGUCUUUCCACGGGAACUUAAGGAGGUGUUUGCGUCGUGGAGACAGGAAUGCGGAAAUCGAGGGCGACCGGAUAUCAGCGAGCGUCUUAUCAGCGCCUCGUUGUUUUUGCGUUUUCUGUGUCCGGCAAUCAUGUCGCCUUCUCUCUUCAACUUGACGCAGGAGUAUCCAGACGACCGCACUGCUCGUACACUCACUCUUAUCGCCAAGGUUACACAGAACCUCGCAAACUUCACCAAGUUUGGUAAUAAGGAGGAGUACAUGUCCUUCAUGAAUCAGUUCUUGGAGCAGGAGUGGACCAACAUGCAGCGCUUCCUGCUGGAGAUCUCAAACCCAGAGACCAUCUCAAAUACUGCAGGCUUCGAGGGCUACAUUGACCUGGGCCGUGAGCUCUCCACCUUGCACUCCCUUCUAGCUGAGGUGGUGUCCCAAAUGGACCAGAGUGCUACCUCCAAGCUUGGCCCAUUACCUAGAAUACUGAGAGACGUACAUGGAGCGUUAACAAACCCAUCGAACAUACAGAUAAGCGUUCCUUCUGAUCGCGUGCCAUCCCCUCCUGCCCCUGGAUGCAGCAUCUCCAGUGGAUUACAAAAGAUGGCCAUCGACAGUGACCUACCAGGCCCAAUGGACUUCACUCGCCUUCCUUCCCCCACCCCUGAAAACAAAGACCUCUUCUUUGUUACACGCUCUUCUGGCCUCCAGGGCUCCCCUGCCCGUAGCUCAAGCUACUCCGAGGCUAACGAACCCGAGCUGGGGCUUGCCAAUGGUGGCAAGAGCCUGUCCAUGGUAGACCUGCAGGAAGCGGCCAGGGCGUUAGAACCCAUUGCCAUCCCGGUAGGGAUCACUUCAGAAGGUUUAGGUGAGGGUGCCAUGGUUCCCUGGAAUGCACGGACUCCCCAAGGCAACGUUGCCGGAGGCCCUACUCUUCACAGGCCAGGACAGACUCCCACUACCCCAGGAGCAGAAGGGGCCCCAGGCAGGCCUACACAGCUUUUGGCCCCACUAUCCUUUCAGAAUCCAGUGUACCAGAUGGCAGCAGGGUUGCCCGUGUCAGCUAGAGGGAAUGCGAGUGGGGAUUCUGGGUCGGAGUGUCACAGCUCUGUCAGUUCCCAUAGCAACAACGAGGAGGGUCUUGGAGGAACCAAACACACGUUCCUUACCCAGGGGGCUUCGGUGGGGGAAGAGUUCGCAAGGCGUUCGGGAGAUUUCUCGAGACGACAGCUAUCGCUAACUGAUGCGCAGCACGGAAACCAACCCACGGUUCCACGGCAGAGCAGCGCUGGUCCGCAGCGGCGCAUUGACCAGCCACCACCACCCUCACAGACUGCACCCAGAGGAAGAACUCCACCCAAUCUAUUGAACUCCACCCCCUACCCGCGGCCACCUAAUAACACCGUGAUGUCUUCAUCACCCGACUGGCCUGGGAACGGUGCACGGCUUCGACAGCAGAGCUCCUCCUCUAAGGGGGACAGUCCCGAAACAAAGCAUCGCGCACCACAUAAACAGGCCCCAUCCCCAGUGAACCCCAGCGCACUGGACCGUACCGCUGCCUGGUUGAUGAAUGUGCCAUAUAUAGAGCAGGAGUCUGAGACGGAGCUUUGCAGAGAUGAGCACACACAAGCUGAAAAGUAUCAGGCGGAGAUCAGUAUGCUACAAGAGCGACUGCGUGCAUCGGUGCAGAGGCUGGAAGAAUACGAAGCCCGGAUCAAGGGACAAGAGGAACAGGCUCAGAAAAUGUUGCUGGAGUAUCAGGCCCGACUGGACGAGUCCGAGGAGAGAUUGAGACGGCAACAGGAAGACAAAGAUCUGCAGAUGAAGGGCAUCAUAAGCAGGUUGAUGUCUGUGGAGGAAGAGCUGAAGAAGGAUCAUACCGAUAUGCAGGCAGUGAUUGACUCCAAACAGAAAAUCAUUGAUGCGCAGGAGAAACGGAUAGCAUCUCUGGACGCGGCUAAUGCGAGGCUAAUGAGCGCCCUGUCACAGCUGAAGGAGCGCUACAGCAUGCAGACGCGGAACGGGAUCUCUCCCACCAACCCCACCAAGCUGCAGAUCACGGAGAACGGGGAGUUUCGCAACAGCUCCAACUGCUAAACGGAGACGCCCCGGAUCCGCAAAAGAGAGACGGAACGAAGACGGAGGACAGGAGCGAGCGUGCAGAUGUUCUGUAAGUGAACACUGGGAGAAAUGCUGCAGGUGAAGAUACUGAACACUGACCUGUGACGGUCCGCAAAGCGAUUGUAUGGAAACACGGAGCAAGAUCCGCUUUAAGCAUCCGCCGGUGAGACUACUGUUCAAGUACUUCAUGUUAGGACGCACCACUAGACAUACAUUCGUGUUUCACAACAACUAACUGUAAAAUAAACAAAACAAAAAAAAAAAUGAUGCAGCUAACACGGUGACAUUAUACAGAUACUAGGACCUUCUAGCCUGCAAAAAAGUCAUUUUGCUUGCUUUAAAAUAGGUGUUCUUCAUACAGCCUUUGAAAAAAAGAAACUAGAUUUUGUCACAUUAAUUUAUAAUGGUCUCUUCGUUAAUAUGAAACGACUGAAACUACAGAAAGAGCAACUCUAAUGUGGAGAAAUUAGCGCUCUCCUCCAUAUCUCUCUUCCUGUUUCUGUUUCUCCCUACAUAGUGCACUUUGUCUCUCCAUCAUGAGAAGCCUUAAAAUGUUGCAUCAGAAAUAUCCCUGUCUUUAUUUUAUUGUUACAGUUCAGAUGAAUAUCUAUGAUAGAUAGAUUAUGAUGUGCAUAGUUUUCAAAAAAAAAAAAAUAAAUAUAUAUAUAUAUAUAUAUAUAUAUAUAUAUAUAUAUAUAUAUAUAUAUAUUACAUCCUCCUUCCACAAUUUUUCGUUUUUCUUCAGAUAUGCCAAGAUUUUGAAUUUAGCACAGACUGCUCAGGCAGAGCAGAAUGAAUGUUUUAGACAGUAAACCGGACUGAAAUGAUUUUAGUUUGAAGUUUCGAGAACUGCCUUGUGUAGCUCAUGAUUUCUUCCCGUUUGGGAGAGGUUUUUUUUGUGUGUGUGUGUGUGUGUGCUCGUGCAUGUUUUCUUCAUGGGUUUUUCUUCUCCAUUCUAAUUGUUUUAAGCCUUUUUUAAGUCAUUUGUACAAGUGUGUUUAUUUUUGUACGCGUUGCCUCUUCGGUCCAAAUUGCUGCACACUUUACAUUUCAGCAUUUAGAGUUUGUAUAUUUUUGUAUUUAAUAACGUAUGUGUGGACUCUUUUGCAUUUAUCAUGUUCGGCACUGAGGUGCAGCGCGGAGCUGCUCUUUUCCUUUAAUUCAUCAGUCUUUGAGGAAGUGAGACGCAUGCACGUCGUUAUUUUGAUGCAGAGAGAUACAUUAUAAGACGGCCUGUCAUGGGAUGUUAUUUUUAAAGGGAAUCCUCUCUGUAUGUGGGCUCUGUGAUGGAGUAUUACGUGAAUAAGUUAAUAUUAAUAUAUGUAUAUUAAUAUAUAUAAAGCAAGGUUCACAGGAACUGCAAAGCCAAUGGCGGCUGAAAUGUAGUAUCAGAUCGAGACGCAGCAAUCUAACAAGCACACACACACACAUCUCUCCCCGGCUCCUCAAACGCUUUGAAGACUAUGCACUUUUCCCUUUGCCGUGUCCACUUGGGUUUACUUCACUCUACAAACAUGUAGCGAACUCAAGGUGCUCCUUAUUAUCAUCAAGCCAGGGAUGCUUUAAGUUGUCGUUCAGUUUAAUUUGUAGCAUUAUCGUUUGCGCCACUGUAGCCAUACACUAUAAACAAAGGUGCACAUGCAAUGUAAAUGUCAUGACAUAGGCCCGUGUCACACACCGCUUCCAAACACUCGCUCAUUCGAUGCCCUGGUAAAGUCAUUUUGCAUGUAAUGCUUCAACGCUGUCUGCACGAGGCAGAUUGGUAUCUAGAGCUAUUUAAAAUUCAUUUGAUCAACUUUUAAACGUGGCUUGGGGAUCGUGUUGUUGCACAAAGGGAACCAAUAUUUAUUUUUCACAAGUUUUCUCUUACAGACGCGGAUGUCAGCUUCUCUGUUUGUUCAUGUUCUGUUUUUAAUGAGGUCUGAGGUUUCGCAGAGUCAUUACGUCUAUUUUCAUCCACAUGAGAAGCUACUAGCAAGUUAAAAAAAAAAAAAAGGAAUAGUAGUUUAGAACCGUGUUGAAUGAAAAAGACUUUCGCUGUCGUCUCGGUUCUUUUCAUCUGAUGUGUCUUUAUCUGGCUUCAUUUCAGUUCUCGAACUUUAGGAAACUUUUGCAAGUAAAUCUAUUUGGCAUCUUUUUCUUUUUUUUUUUCUUCUCCGAGCAGUCAAUGUGAAAUAGUAGCUAUGUGAAAUAAAUAAUAUAAAGAUAUACAAAUAUAUAAAUGAAAUACCUACGAUAUGUUGUAUGUUUUAUAAUCCUUGUAGAAAAGAAUUUUGUAAGUAUGUUUAAAGUAAAGUAUUGGCUGGACUCUUGCCAUGUUUUAGGACAGUGACAAGAACAAUAAUGUACAGAGAAAUUUGUCCAUGUUAAGAACUAUUCAAUUGUGGCUGUGCAAUUUAUGUACAUUUGCAACUAGAAUAAUUAAAGUUUUAUUUAGUUAUUUUA